AUGUCCAAAACCACAUACCAAAACCUCCCCGGCCCAGUAGGCGACUGUCUAAAACCCGCCUCCCUCGCCACCACAGCCACCGUACCCGUAUCGUCUACUACGUCUCUCGUCUAUACUACUGGCCAUAUCGGACUCGACCUCAAAACCGGGGCCCUGGUCCACGAAACAGCAGAAGCAGAAUUCGAAGCCAUCUUCACUUGCCUUGAUGCCGCAUUGAAGAAUGCCGGUGUAAACCAGGGACUUGCGCAGGGCUAUCGCUUCAUUAGCUAUCUUGUUCAUGUUGAGGAUGAGGAGGUUAUGCAGAAUGUGUUUCGGAGGAUGGUUCCUGGGCAUACCCCUACCUGGUGUACGGUGAUAGUUAAGGAGAUUAAUGUUAAGGGAAUGAGGGCAGAGAUUGCGGCGGAGGGGGUUGUUUAUCAUGAUACUUAG